AUGAUUGCUACUCAACAAUUAUAUGAAGAUUCUAUAAAUAAAAUAUUUUUAUUUGAUUUCAAUGAAACUAUUGAAGAAAAGCUACAUAAAUAUGAACAACCAAAUCUUUGUCGAUACCAUCGUGAGAAACAUCAACAUCAUCGUUAUGAAAAAAUUCGUAAAAUUAAAUCGAACAAUAAUAUCUAUAAAAAGUAUGUCGCCACACAGCAGGAAUAUGACAAUAUUACUCUUUAUGUCUAUUUUAUUUCUAUAACUUGUUGUAUUUUGUCUGUCUAUAUUGUAAAAAAACGUAAUUCUUCAGAACGACACUAUGAGUUAGCAUUCUAUGCGCCUUUGUGCACAUGUAGAAAAAAGACGUUAAUUCUUAUUCCAUACUGUAAAUAUGGAGACAAUAAACAACAACAACAACAGCAACAACGACAGCAAUAA